CUAAUACCGGAAGCAGAUUAGUUGGUGCGCAUUCAUUCGCACACAGAGAGAGUGAGAGAGAGAGAGAUGGGGGCUUACAACAUAAUGAACGUGCUCAGGGCCUUACAACGUGAUGAAGCAGCCGGCUACGCAAAGGCGCAUGGCGAUGAUGAUGAGGAAUCACUCAAACAGGAGGUGAAGGAUGAUCUCCAGUACUAUUACGUAACUCCGCUGUCCAUUGGCGUGUCUGAUUGUUUCGAUGAAAUGGUGGUGCAAAUCCCAAAGAACACCACCAUCCCAACCAAGAAGUUCGAGACGAUCUCGACCACCACGUUUGACAACCAGGAUGGCACGGUAAUUUCGUUUUACCAAGGCGAAAGAAAAAGGGCAAGUGACAACAAGCUUAUUGGUACCCUAACGUUCAAGGGUAUCCCGCCAGCUCCCAGGGGAGUUCCAAAGAUCACGGUUUGCGUCGAUAUCGAUGCCAAGGGCAACCUGAACGUGUCUGCCGAGGACAAAUCGACCGGUCGGGAGGUGACUAUGAGCAUACCGGGCGUCGGGGUCGAAGGAAAGCUUUUGUCGAGGGUGGAGGUGGAGGAGAUGGCUCGACAAGGAGAGAAGCACAAGUCGGACGAUGACGAGUUCUUGAGGAAGGUGAAGGUCGUGAAAGCAAUGAAAGAGUAUACAAUCGUGAUCAGAGAAAAUGCGGCGGCGGGAGCCUACUCCGAGAAAGCGCACGACGCAUUUAUGGACGCGGUUGGAAAGAUGUUGGACGAGUUCAAGGAGAAGGCGAAGGAUUUUGGAUUGGAAGGUGACAAGAAGAUGUGUAAAACUUAGCUAGCCAUUAACCGUCUAUCAUUUUUGGAAUAAAUAGGUUGUGAUGAUAUCAUUAGUUAGGACUCGGAGUGUGAUCGGUUAGGGUUUCAAAUGCAAGUCAUAUCAGGGCCGUCCCAUGAUAUUCGGAGUCCCUCUUUGAUAAUUUAAAAUGUG